AGUUGACGCAAAGGAAGAAAUGACACAAGGCGGAAGUGCAGCGUUAUUGUUGUGGCUGUCAACACUUGGCUGACUACAAGAGACGGAUAAAACGAGAAAAACUGUUGCCACCGAUGACUGACAUGGCCGUUGUUGAAUUUUGACCGAGCUUCCUUUACUGGUGCUGCGACUUCUGGUGUCUGAUCGACGACCUUUGCUCACCACCGGUGCCUGAGUGGCCAGUCUGGUUUCAUCGAAGCCCGGGGCCACCCCAUCCGUAAACAGCCUCAUCCAUCGUGUCAAUGGCUGGACGCGGCGGUGGCGGCGCGAGCAGGCCCAACGGGGCGGCGGCCGCGGCCAAUAAAAACUUCCAGUUCAAGCUGGUGCUGCUGGGCGAGUCGGCGGUGGGCAAGUCCAGCCUGGUGCUGCGCUUUGUCAAAGGCCAGUUCCACGAAUUCCAGGAGAGCACCAUCGGAGCGGCCUUCCUGACUCAGACGGUCAGCCUGGACGACGUCACGGUCAAGUUUGAGAUCUGGGACACGGCUGGCCAGGAGCGCUACCACAGCCUGGCACCCAUGUACUACCGAGGCGCUCAGGCCGCCAUCGUGGUCUACGAUAUCACCAACACCGACACGUUUGUGCGCGCAAAAAACUGGGUGAAGGAGUUGCAAAGACAAGCCAACCCCAACAUUGUGAUCGCUCUGGCCGGCAACAAGGCGGACAUUGCAGACAAGAGAGCGGUAGAGCAUCAGGAGGCACAAGAAUACGCUGAUGAAAACGGGCUCCUCUUCAUGGAAACAUCAGCCAAGACCGCUCUCAAUGUCAACGAUAUUUUUAUGGCUAUUGCCAACAAGCUACCAAAGAACGAUCCCCAGGCAGGCGGCGGCCAAGCGGGCCGGACCGGCGCCGGAGUGAAUCUGCACGACACGGCCUCUCAGAGCCGCAGCGGCCGGUGCUGUAGCGGCGCCGGCGGUGGCGGCGGCAACUAGAGCCUGGGUGAGGACAACACUUCAGAAAAGUAACACUGGAGGACAGGCAGAGCCCCUCCCCCUCUACUCUUUCCCCUCCUCCUUCUCCUCUGCUCUAAAACUGAAAUUUGAGAUGAGAUCUGGAUCCUUUUUUUUUUUUUUUUUUCCUUAAAGACAAGAAUCACAAGCUAAGUGGGCUGAUCACUUCUGACUGGUCUCCUUCUUCCAUCUAUCUACCUCCCUCUUCAUCUUCAUCACUUCCUGUUUCAAAACUGUCUUCAAUGAUUUUUUUAUUUUAUUAUUUUUUUGGGGGUGGAUAGCUAUUUUGUGUGUAUAUGUAUGUUUAUGUGUAUAUAAAAACACAGUAUAUCUAUAUUUAUAUACACACAUGAAUACUCUAUAUAUGAUAUCAUGUAUACAUAUCGUGUGUCCUAGCUUCCAUUGCCUUCCCUCUUCAGCAAUCACCAGAAAAAUAGACAUUUUGUUUCCACGGAGAGUUAGUCUCAUGAAGGUUGACGGCAUCGUCAUUGAUUUGAGGAUGGUGGAAAUAAGGCGUGCACAUGAAAUAUAAUAAAGCUCAUGCAAGAUCA